GGUAGGAAAUGGCGGAUUGCGAGGCAGGUCCGAGAGCCCGAGUCCUCUGGGAUCCCGGUUCCAACAGAACCACCAGCAGUACCAACCAUGCUGGGGUCGCAGUCAACCACCGACAGCACCACUCCAGUAUUCGCCACGUGGACACCAUCACUCAUCGUCCACCACUUCGCUCCUGACCGCGGCAGGGAAGCCGCCUUUGAAUCCCCGUGCGUUCAGUCCGUUAAUCCCGCGGCGCCCCAGACCGCAAAUUGUGGCGCCUAUUCCCCGCGUGCUCGUCAUCCCGCGUGUCGAGUCCUUCCGGUCGAGAAGUCUCGACACGGGGCUCGACAACAAUGACGACGACGACGACGCUGUCACAGUUGUUCUUGAUGACGAAGAACGUGAAGAAGAAGACGAAGAAGAGGAGAAAAUGACGCGAUUGAGGUCGAAAAGUCUUGACACUGGCCUCGACGAUGAUAACCAAGAUAAAUUACCGACAGUCGACACCGAAGAAGAAGAAGAAGNUUUUUUUUUUGUACCAUUCGAGCAAAUGUUGUCUUC